GGGGGAAAGAGAGGGAGGGGACCCUCAGGAAGCCGCGAACGCCACCGAGUGUCUGCACACCUCGCUCCGUCUGCCAUGGCUGGUUAAAGAACCAUCCGGAUCGCAGCGCGGGGGGAGGGUUGGGUGGGGGGAGAGCGGCGGCCGCGCGUGAGGCCGAGGGAGGGGCGGCGGCGCGAGCGGCGGCGGCGGCGGUUCCAGCAUGAAGAGGAGAGCUGGCCUGGGGGGCAGCAUGAGGUCAGUGGUGGGCUUCUUGUCCCAGCGGGGCUUGCAUGGGGACCCCCUGCUCACUCAGGACUUUCAGAGGAGACGCCUGCGAGGCUGCAGAAACCUCUACAAGAAGGACCUCCUCGGCCACUUCGGCUGUGUCAAUGCCAUUGAAUUCUCCAACAAUGGAGGCCAGUGGCUGGUCUCAGGAGGAGAUGACCGCCGGGUUCUGCUAUGGCACAUGGAACAAGCUAUCCACUCCAGAGUCAAGCCCAUACAGCUGAAAGGAGAGCACCAUUCCAACAUUUUUUGCCUGGCUUUCAACAGUGGGAACACCAAAGUAUUCUCUGGAGGAAAUGAUGAGCAAGUUAUCCUCCAUGAUGUCGAAAGCAGCGAGACCUUGGAUGUGUUUGCUCAUGAAGAUGCAGUAUAUGGCUUGUCAGUGAGUCCGGUGAAUGACAACAUUUUUGCCAGCUCCUCAGAUGAUGGCCGGGUUCUCAUCUGGGACAUCCGGGAGUCUCCCCAUGGAGAGCCCUUCUGCCUGGCAAACUAUCCAUCCGCUUUUCACAGUGUCAUGUUUAACCCUGUGGAGCCCAGGUUAUUGGCCACAGCCAAUUCAAAGGAAGGAGUGGGACUCUGGGAUAUUCGAAAACCUCAGAGUUCUCUCCUGCGCUAUGGUGGCAAUCUAUCCCUCCAGAGUGCCAUGAGUGUGCGAUUCAACAGCAACGGCACCCAGCUCCUGGCCCUGAGGCGUCGCCUGCCCCCUGUGCUCUAUGACAUCCACUCCCGCCUACCUGUGUUCCAGUUUGACAAUCAGGGUUACUUCAACUCUUGCACCAUGAAAAGUUGCUGCUUUGCAGGGGAUCGCGAUCAGUAUAUCCUUUCAGGCUCUGAUGACUUCAACCUGUACAUGUGGAGAAUUCCUGCAGAUCCAGAAGCAGGUGGCAUUGGUAGGGUGGUCAACGGAGCCUUCAUGGUGCUGAAAGGGCAUCGGUCUAUUGUUAACCAGGUCCGAUUUAACCCUCACACCUACAUGAUCUGCUCUUCUGGUGUAGAAAAGAUUAUCAAGAUCUGGAGCCCAUACAAGCAGCCGGGGUGUACAGGAGACCUAGACGGUCGGAUUGAGGAUGAUUCCCGCUGCCUCUAUACCCAUGAAGAGUACAUCAGCCUGGUGCUGAACAGUGGGAGUGGCCUGUCACAUGACUACGCCAACCAGUCCGUGCAGGAAGACCCGCGGAUGAUGGCCUUCUUUGACUCCCUGGUGCGCCGCGAGAUCGAGGGCUGGAGCUCUGACUCCGACAGCGACCUCAGCGAGAGCACCAUCCUCCAGCUGCACGCGGGGGUCAGCGAGCGGUCUGGCUACACCGACUCCGAGUCCUCGGCCUCGCUGCCCCGUUCCCCUCCACCCGCAGUGGACGAGAAUGCCGACAGCGCCUUCCACCUGGGGCCCCUGCGGGUCCCCGCCGCCAACUCAGCGGCGUCCCCUCCGCCACCGCCCACAUGUGAGGACGCGGCGUCUCGCCAGCAGCGCCUGUCGGCUCUGCGGCGCUACCAGGACAAACGCCUCCUGGCCCUCUCCAACGAGUCCGACUCCGAAGAGAACGCCUGUGAGGUGGAGCUAGACACAGACCUCUUCCCGCGGCCGCGGUCUCCCAGCCCUGAGGACGAGUCCAGCAGCUCCAGCAGCUCCAGCAGCUCCGACGACGAGGAGGAGCUCAAUGAGCGCAGAACAGCCACGCGGCAGCGCAAUACCCUGCGGCGCCGGCAGAAGGCAGCCCGGGAGGAGAGGCCCGCGCCCCCCAGCAAGCCCGCCAGCGCCUACAUCGGAGAGGACAACUGUGACUACCCUCAGAUCAAGGUGGAUGACCUCUCCUCCUCCCCGCCCUCCUCCCCUGAGCGGAGCACUUCCACGCUGGAGAUUCAGCCCAGCCGGGCCUCACCAACUUCAGACAUGGAGUCGGUCGAACGGAAAAUUUAUAAAGCGUACAAGUGGCUCCGCUACUCCUAUAUCUCCUACUCCAGUAACAAAGACGGAGAGAGCUCCCUCGUGUCUGGGGAGGCAGAUGAAGGGAGAGCAGGAACCAGCCACAAGGACAACCCAGCCCCUUCUUCCAGUAAGGAAGCCUGUCUCAGCAACCCCCAAGGCCAGAGGAACCAGGACCUGCCCCCUGAAGGUCGCAGCAAGGAUGCUUUUAAAGAAGGGACUUCUGCUAGAAAUCCCAGCAGUGGCCCAGGCCAGGAGCACAGCAGCCACCCUUGGGCAGAGGCACCAGAGGACCCCUCCCAGGAUGCUAACAAUGGUGGCUCUGUAGAACACUCUUUUGAAACCAAGAAGCUCAAUGGGAAGGCCCUGAGCAAAGCCCUAACCAGCCGGGCUGAGGAGCCGCCCUCUCCUCCUGUCCCCAAGGCAUCUGGCUCCACUCUCAGCAGUGGGUCUGGCAGCUGUCCCAGGACCCAGUCUGAUGACAGUGAGGAGAGGAGCCUUGAAACCAUCUGUGCCAACCACAACAAUGGACGCUUACACCCCCGCCCCCCUCAUCCACACAACAAUGGGCAGAACUUUGGAGAUCUGGAGGCAGUGGCAUGCUCUUCCCCGGGACAUUCAGACACUGACCAUGAUAACUUGACCCUGACAGGGCCACUCCUACACAAAGAUUGUUGUGGGUCUGAAAUGGCCUGUGAGACCCCCAGUGCUGGAAUGAGAGAGGACCCCACUGACCCCCCAGACACAGACAGCAGCAGGGCUCUGCAUGGCCAUAGUGGCCUCAAAAGGCACCGAGUCGAAUUGGAAGAUACAGAUUCAGAGAAUUCCUCUUCAGAGAAGAAAUUAAAAACAUGAUAAAUACAAAGGGAAAACAAAAAGCUAUGAAAAGUAGCUUCACAAAAAUUUUUUUAAUCCUGUUUAGUGAACACAAAGGAAAGGAAAAAAAGUAUUAAAGGCACAUAAAACCAGGGCCUGAAAUUUUGUGUCUGAUGCUGCUCCCUUCUAUUCAGUAAUGGGUCUGAAUGUCUAGCUGGCCGUUGGCUUGUGCUGUGUGAGGAAAGGAAAAAAUCCAAGUGACUCCUUUCUAGUAAGACUCGAGCAUCGCGUACUUGUGCGUUUUGUUAAAGUAAAUUCUUGUUGAGACGUUUGACUUGUUCUCGUGUGUCUUCACCGGCCGUGUGAGCUCAUUGUCUCAGAGGCUUUUCUUUCCCUUCUCCAUGAGAAAGGAUCUAUGGAUCUGUAUCUUUUGCCAUCUCACCUUGUUUACAUGCUGUAGGUGUUCUGGUCUUAACAGUGAGUGCCUGCUGGAUCCAGCUGUGCUGCCCAUGAGUCUUGGACUAAUGGGACUAAUGCUGAAAGAAUGAAGGGGAGAAUGGAAACAGGCCCUCAGCCCAUUGGCUGGCUGGAAUGGAAAGCAUGGGUCCAUCCUUAGAGAAAUCUUCCAUGUUUUCUCUUAGUAGCACUUCUCUGAGCAUUUAAUGUGGAUGUACUAAAAGUGAAGCGUUUUUAAUGCUAAUGAGAGGUUAGCACUUAAGAUCAGAUUCCAGAGAACACAGAUCCCCUGAUACAUUUCACCUGUGGCAGGUUGAGCAGUUGCGCCCCACACUGUAUGGGGGCCAGAAAACAUGACUAGUUGCGGGUGACACUUUAACCAGUUAGGUGCUAGCUCCUAAGAGACACUCUUAAGGGCCAGUGGGCACUCCCGGGGCCCUGUGUGAGGAGAGGAGGGGGUAGAGACCGCUCUCAAGAGCUUUGUGCUCAGACUAUUUAAGCGGACGUUCUAGGUAUGUUAAUGAAAAAGUGUCGUGAAGAGCAGAGUGUGGUACUAUAUUCAUUUAAUUCAACCCAAAAUGAUUGAUCAGAAUGGAAGGAACUGGCAUCUUCCCGCAGGCUUGCAAGUAGCAGAGGCUGUGGUGUUCUGACCAGAUCUUGCAGAGCAGUGGGCAUCUCAAAGAAACAGAGUCCUGUUGAGUUGGUAUGUUAGGAGGCAGAGAGGAGUCUCUGGUUUGACUCCUGGCUCCUAGAAGAGACUCCAUUUCACUGAGAGGGGGAAAGACCCGAGAGAUUUUCAGUAUCACAGUGGUUCUGCAGUCACUUGGUUAUUAGUGAAGGGUUGCACAAGACAGGAAGAUCUAGGAAGGACCAGAUAUCUCGUCGUCACAGAUGUCAUGAAAAGGCAGAAUAGUGGCAAGAAAAGAGGAAGAGAGAGAGAGAAAGAAGCACACUCUUAACUUUUUUGGGUGCAGAGGUGCUAGACCACUUGGGUGCAGCCAGCAUUGGCAUAGAAAGGACCGGAUAUGUGACUGGUGUGGCCUCUCCGAUCCAACGUUCCUUUUAGAGGAGGACUUGUCCUACUGGGACUGGGACCAUGUGGAGGAUGAAGACUUGGAUGAAUUUAGGCACUGGGGGAAGAGGGAUUAUUUAUAAAAGGAAGGUUGUUGAUCUAAGCCAAAAGGAGACAUCAUCUGGCUAAGCUUUGUGAAAGGGAAGACGUGCCUGGUAUGUGUGAUGUGACUUGGGUGUGAAAACACUGUCUUAGGAGGAGAUGAAGGAGUAUGAAUAGCAGUGGGGAUGCUUACGAUUGAACAACUGGAAUCUCACGGGGAGGGGGAGUGGGAGAGUGAUUCUGUAACCACUAGAACUACUUUGGAUUUGUAAUCGAAAUGGUUCUAUGAUUUGUCUUUGACUAUUCACAGAUAAUUGUAAAUUCUGGUUUUAUAAGCCCAAGUCAUUUUACAUUUGCUUUUCCAAAAUUUAUUAAAUUGGAAUUUUUUAAUCCUUUAUAUACAAAAAAAAAAAAAAGAUAUAAUCACUCAGUGUGUGUUUCUCUUCCCCUUCCUAGCCAGCCUACCUAAUCUUUUUGUUUUGUUUUAUUUAAUCUAAUCGGUAGCUAGCCCCUUCUCAUUUCUCUAAGGACAAUCCACUAAUCCACUUUUCCUAGAGAAAAAGAAGUUAAGUUCCCUUGGGAACUUGCCACUUGGUGGUUACAGUUUCCAAACGCAGAACUUGGGUCUUUUCAGGUUAAAAGCCUUAAUCCCAUUUGGGUACUCCAAAGAGAAGUCAAGUUCAUUCUGGUUUAAUUUUAGUGUUCAAGAAAGACUGUUUUUUUUUUUUUUUUUAGCAACGAGAGACUCUUCCCAGCACCCCAGGUUCAACUUGCCAGGAGAUAAGCCCUCAAGAUAACUGGAGGAGGCAGAGAAUUGCUAGUCUCUGUAGCCACUCUACUCUCCUUUCCAGAAAUCUCCUGUCUUGUGAUCGUGGGCCUGAAAACCUGGCAGGAACCACUUCCAGAGUCCCUUCGCCAAAAUCCUUGUUAAUUGAGGCCCCAACUUUGGAGGUUCAUUUGAUCCCCAAAUUCUUCCGUGAUGGUAUUUUUACUAGCAGGACAGAUGGCACUGAUUAGAUUAAGAACUAUUCGAAAGUGCCUCUUACAGUUUGUUUUCUGCAUCCUGUACAUAAAUUUUUAAGUGGCUGGUCCAGAUAGGUAAAACCGUUUCUUUCCACUUUAUUUUCCAUCUGGUUUUGUAAGUGAUUCCAGUGUCUCUAGGACAGCAGUAAAUGAGUUAAAUAAGUAGUUGGCUUGGGGCAAAAGAAGGUUGCAACUGUGCUGAUUUACUAAGCCAGGAGUCCCUUGUUUGUCAAGGUGCCUUCCUCUGCUGAAGCCUUAUCUCCUCACAAGCCCCUCCUCCUGUGACUCCCAGCAAAGCUAGCUCUUCUCCUGUGUAUAUGCAAAUAAACCUAUUAUUCACUUCUCCCGGCUUCCUCUUCUCUUCCAGGGAAGACUUGAUUGGUUAGACACCCCUGGUCCUUAACGUCUUUCCUGUUUCAGUUCUUACCUAGUUGAAACUUGAUUCAAAGCCACUCUGAGGACAAGAAGAAAAACCAGUAUUCCAUGUUCAUGCCAGUGGUCAUUGCCUCUCUAGGGAUGGAACAAAGUCCCAUCUAGACAACGAAAUGUAGGGUGAAAGGAGGUAUCUACUUGGUCUCCUUUACCAGGACGGACUCAGGAUUGUGAGAUCCUGGAAUUGACCUUCUAUUAGUUGGAACUAAGGGAGUGAUGCAGCAAAGGGACAUUAAACAGCCCCAAAGGAAAGUUUUUGAUGUUUCCAAAUACCAAGUUGCUUUUUCUGCCCUGUUCCAAGCAUGGUUUGCAGACGUUUUCCUUAAAAAAAAGGAAAAAGACCUUUUAUAUCCUGCCUGUAAAGCUGCCUCUUUCCAUUAACUGAAAAGUUCUUGCCAACCAACACUCCUGUGAGGAAGAUAGAUGCUUCCAAAGGAAGGCUGUCAUCCGCUCCUUCCGACCUACACAAAGCAAUGGGCCGGCGUUGAAGCCUGUAGGCAGACUUGCCUACAACAGAAGAUGAUGGCUGUGGACAAUCUGUGUGGUUCUCUCCAAGAUGGGGUAUUUCAGCUCACACUGGGAUGAAAGAACAGGAAUUCAAGUGGCUUGGAAGUAAUUUUGAAUUUUUUCACAUGCAACAGAAGAAAACUGAAAAGAAUCUGAACCAUGUACACCCUAACUGCAUUUCACCGUUAGUGCAGAGGUGAUGCGAUGGUACUCAACAGAGUCUCAGAGGCAAAGAGAAACUUCCCUGAGGCCAGCACUAACAUGGCCGGGGACAAGCAGGAGGAGUUGCCCCGUUCCACUCAGCAGGGUUUACUUGAGCUGUGCAGAAGGGUCCUGUUGACAAGACAGUCACAUUGUAGGGAAAUGGGGUAGCUAGUAUUUCCAAUUACUGAAUUGGGAAAUGAACAACUCUAACUCAAAGCCAUGAGCUAAUGGAAUAGUCCAGUUGAAGUAUAGAAUGGCAGCUUGCAAGUCUCCCUCUUAUCUGGCUUUGUGAGUACCCCCACCAAGGCUGGAGAAAGGCAAUAAACCACUGAGAUAACUGGUUGCCAACCCGGGAUCCUUUGGCGUGAGAGAUGUUUUUGUGGCCUUGGGAAGCUGGGAGGGAAGGCAGUUGUAGGGAAGACUGCGAUGGGAGAAAUGAAAUGCUAGGUGAGUUCAGCAGCUUUCCAGAUCCACAGAAUUGGCACCGAACAUGCCAUGGACUGGCCUCCAAAACACUUGGUCAUCAAGAUGCACCAAAAUCCCUGAGUAAAAACCUUAAUUUGCAAUGGAAGUCAAGGGGCGCCUGGCUGGCUCAGUCAGUGGAGGGCAGCUCUCUAUGCUCAGGGUCGUCAGUUUGAGCCCCAUGAUGGGUGUAGAGAUUCCUUUAAAAUCUUAAAUAAAAAUACAGUGGAAGUCAGUGAAUAGGCAGGAUUGGUUUGAGAGAACUUCUCUCUGCAAGAAUGCAUACAUUCCAUGAAAUAAUGAUCCUAUAACGGUCUGAACACCAGCACAUUCUCACAUGUACCAAAAACAGAUGAGUAUGUGGCUGUUGGAGAUUGCAUAAGUUUUCAAGGGGUGACAAACAUCUUGACUAGUCCUAGACUGGUUAGUUAUGGUAUUUGAGGCCUACCCCUACUAUCAUUUCUUAACUUUCUUUUCAUGUCAGUGUGUUCUAACAUUUCUAGCCUCUUCAAGACCCUACCUUAAUCAUGAAGGCUAACUUCUUCUCUCUUCCUCCUAAGAACUACCUCUACCUGGGCUGGAAAUGGCAUUGAACUAGCAAAAGAAGUGGAUUCUAUACUAAUUCUUCAGCAGAGUCACUGCAUGAGCCUUGGGCAAGUCACUCAAACUCUUGAGGUCCCUCUCAAUUCUAAAAUUGGAUUCCUUUAAUUCCAUGGGUUCUUGGGUCCCAUCCUGUGGAGUUCUCACUCCUGAGACAUCCCUGUCAUGUCUACCAGAACCGGUCGGUGAGCCGAGUUCUUUGGCAGGUGUGCAACUGCUCAGAGCCUGAAGGUCCUCACCUAUAAACUGGGGAGAGUGCCUGUCUCUGUGUAUCAUUAGAGGAUUAAAUGAGCAACUAUAAAUAUAGCUUAGAAGAGUGACAGAUAUAUAGAAAGCACUAAAAUGUGUGCUGUCAUUAACACAUCCUCUCUUUUUGGCUCUCCUUGCUUAUUGCUAACAAUGUGUAUACCAUGUAGAAGGCUUUUUUAAAUGGGGUCUGCCAAGCAAUAUAGACAGUAAGUUUCUCUCUCAGAGAAUUUACUAUUUAUUAGCAAACCUUAAUCUGAAACCAUAGGAAAAGAAUUACAUUAUCCCCCAUUAAAAUGGACCUUUCUAAAGCAGUGUGUAAGGCCUUGAAUAUCCCCUCCAGUUUGGGAAGCCAAUAAUCUCAGGGUUAUGCCUGUGAGCUGGGAGCUU